AUGGAGGUCUUCGGGGUUCUUUCCUCGGUCAUUACCAUCGUCGAAGCCACAUCCAAGUCAUACAAAGGCAUCAAAAAGAUACGAGGUCUUCCAGAGGCCUUCGACACAGUCGGGCAGCAGCUUAAUAGAGUCAAGAGACUUCUCGGCCAGAUUUACGAUCAGUCCAAAAGUCGGGGAGCCUCUGAAAUCGACAAGGCACAAGCUGACUUGUUGAGUCUGACCGUGGAAGAAUGCCGGGCGAAAGCAGAAGCCUUGGCAAAGGUCUUUCACGAUCUUGAGGAGAAGUGCAAUAAAUUCGAAGAGUCCGCAUGCGUUUGGAAAGACAAGUUCAAUGACAUUUACAGAGCUCUGCUGAAGGGGAGCAAAGCCAACCGGGUCGAGAGUUUGAUGGAGGAUCUCUGGAAAAGCCUACAGCGGCUGUCUACGAUCGAAAUCAUAGGAACGAGCAAUACCUUGAAAGGCGAUGCCGCAAGCGCCAUUCAGGAUCUCGAGGAGGUUGAGCCGUCUUUGGAUGAUUCUGAAUUUGAUAUGGGGUUUCAACCAACCCAGAAAGUUGGCGCGGGGGCAACAGGAACACAGACAAAUGUGAAAGGCAACGACAACAUCUUCAAUUAUGGAAACCUUCCAGGAGACUUUGCAGGCAGUCGCAUCGACAACGUCCACUACGGAGGAACGGACUAUGAAGCCUUACUCAGGGCUACUCGCUCCCGGCUUAAAGGAACUUGCCAAUGGUUUUCCGAACAUCCGGAAUUCAGAAACUGGUUGAGCAGCAGUGAAGGAAUACUACUAGUCACGGCCGGCGCUGGCUGUGGCAAAUCCGUUCUCGCCAAGUAUCUUAUUGAAGAAUUACUCCAUCAGGAAGCACCUAACGCCACUCUCUGCUAUUUCUUCUUCAAAGAUGGCAAAAACAAAGACCAAGGCGUUUUGGAAGUUGCUAGGGCGCUUCUCCACUGUUUUCUCGAAUCAAAUCUCAAAUCAAAUCCAGCUUUGGUGGAUGUUUGCAUGGAAAGUUUACGCUGGACGCCCCAGGAGACCCGAGCCACUUGGAUAAAGAGUCCCAGGAAGAUAUGGGAGGUGUUUGAAAGUCUACUCAGUGAACAUAACAAAGGCCAAACCAUUUGUAUCCUGGACGCACUCGAUGAAAGUGACGCCGGUCAGAGGGAAGAACUUUUACUAUAUUUGAAACGCUCCGUUGCUGCCAGCAACACAAAGCCAAGAGCCAGGUUUAUCGUUACGACUCGAGGGUAUCCCCAAAUCGUUGAUAUGUUCAAUGAUUUGUCUCGGAACAAGGUUCAUUUGGACGGUGAUGACGACGAUGAAAAGCGUCAAAUCCAGAGCGAGAUCAGCAUCGUUAUGGAGCAUCGACUGAAUGAGCUAGGGAACAAAAUGCGCGGGCUCGAAACAAAGACGCUGGAAAUAAUACGUCAAGCACUUUCCAAAACGGGGUCGAAGCAAAGGACGUAUCUAUGGAUGCAUUUGAUGUUCGACUGCAUUCAACGAACCCGAUGUUCUUCUCGCAAAGCAUGGGCAGAGUUCUGUCAGAGCCUUCCCGAAACAGUCAACCAGGCCUACGAGAAACUCUUCCAAAAUAUGGAAUCUUCCGAAAAAGCGAAUGUUCGCGUGCUACUGGGUCUGAUACUGGCAGCAGAGGAGCCUCUUUUCGUCCAAGAGCUCAGUAUCGCUGUCAGUGCCUGGAAAAGUGCGUUCGAACUUGACCAACUGAAAAUUUCUGAUUUAUUGGCGGAAAGAGAGUUCAAGGACUGGAUUCAAUGGAACUGUGGCUCUUUUGUCACCUUCCAUGAUAGGAAGGCGUACCUGAUUCAUCAAACGGCCAGGGAAUUUCUAUUGGAUCAGUCUUGCUUCGGCGGAUGGCAAGGAUCAAUGACAAAACACAUGGUACAUCGUUAUAUGGCGGAGAGUUGUAUCUCGGUUCUAUCUCUCGACGUGCAUAUCCGCGACAACAUUCCACAUGAUCAAGAUCACUCUGGACACACCGAAACAGCUGUUCGGUCGAGCUUUGGGACUUAUGCAGCACGUUCUUGGGGCCAUCACUUCAAAGAAUGUCAGGUGUUGCUCCCCGGCACCAAAAGUAUCCAAGAUGUUGGUGAAAAGUUCGUCGAAAAGUACAUGAAACUCGGAGUUCAGAUUACAGUCAAGGAGUCUUUCGGGAAAGGUAGGUUUGGAACCCCGCGGAUCCAAUGCUCCGAGACCAUCAACAAGUACAACAGUAAAUGGGAAAAGGUAUACAAGCUCCCAUCUCUCCCAUGGUUGCCCGACAAAGUCUUUACACUCUCAAGACUUGCGUGUAUCCUUGAUCACCAGCGGCUCCUAGUUUUUGCUUUGGAAAGACUUAAAAAGAAUCCCGAUCCAGAACCUGAAAGCGGUUUCUAUCGGAUUGUUGAAGACUUCAUCAUUGGCGGUCGUCGUGGAGGAAAUUUGGCUCUUCCCCAUUUCGCAGCAGUCGGCGGUUCAACUGUGUGUCUAUCAUACCUUCACCAAAAUGGGUACAACAUGGACCUUCAGGAUCAGCAAGGCAAUACACCUCUUCAUGUGGCAUUCAUGAUCAACAACGAAGAAGUCAUUGAGACCCUCCUUCAGUUCAAUGUCUCAACAACCGUAUUGAACUCUUAUGAUCAGACACCCAUCAUGCUUGGCAUUAUCUGUUGCGAGGGGCCGUCUUGGAUUGCGGAGUAUGUCCAGUCUCUCAAUCACGACGAUGCUGAAAUGGGAUCUCUUCUGUGUUCACUAGUUGCGCUUGAGAGACGUAUCCCUUAUGAGAUUGCGGAGAUGUUGAAGACGGACAGUUGCCAGCUUGAGACCGGUGCGUACGGCAGGUGGAAAAAGAUGUCAUGGGAUACAUCACAUCCCCUAUACCUUUUUGACCGAUUGCAGAUCGAACCUGGACUUCGAAAUGCCCAAGGUCUCACUGGCCUUCACGUGAGCGCUCAGAAAAAGGGUCUUAUCUGCAAUCUCAUGGACUUGUUUCACCUUGGUAAAGUGGAUGUUGAUGCACUUGAUCCCUGCGGAAAUACGCCUCUGCAUGUAGCUGCGAUGACUGGCAAUUACUACGGGGCUCAAAUUUUGAUAGUUGAAGGGGCCGAUUUCAACUGCAGAGGAGACCGAGGCGACACUCCAUUGCAUCUGGCAUGCAAAAAUGGUCACUACCGGACAGCCGAAUCUCUUUUGAUAGUGGGAGCUGAUAUUGAGAUCGCAAAUGACGAUGGCUUGACCGCCUCUGAAUGCUAUGGGCCACUACUUUAUGAGCUUGGUUUAAAUGUGCUCAAACGUGGUAGUACGGGAUUUGUAGGGAGUGCUUAG